CGCUCUACACAUAAUUCAGAAUAUUUCAGAACACGGGUUUAGUACCACAGUACCAGACCAAAAGAGAAGAAAUGGCUGGCGAAGAAGAUAAGCAAAGUUCUGUUAAAAGGGUCGCUGUUGUUGGUGCUGGUGUUAGUGGGCUUGCUGCAGCAUACAAGUUGAAAUUACAUGGUUUGAAUGUCACAAUAUUUGAAGCUGAAGGUAGAGCUGGAGGGAAGUUACAAAGCAUUUCACAUGACGGUCUAAUAUGGGAUGAGGGGGCAAAUACAAUGACGGAGAGUGAGACGGAAGUCAGAUGUCUGCUUGAUAACCUUGGGCUUCGAGAAAAGCAACAAUUUCCAAUUUUGCAGAACAAACGCUAUAUUGUGAGAAAUGGAACACCGGUAUUGUUACCAUCAAAUCCCAUUGCGCUGAUAACAAGCAAUUUUCUUUCUGUGCAAUCAAAGUUUCAGAUAUUUUUGGAGCCUUUUUUGUGGAAGAAAAGUAACUUAUCAAAGGUUUCUGAUACACAGGAAAGUGUGGGUGGAUUUUUUCAACGUCAUUUUGGGAAAGAGGUUGUUGAGUAUCUUAUUGAUCCAUUUGUUGCGGGGACAAGUGCUGGAGAUCCUGAAUCACUUUCUAUGUGCCAUGCAUUCCCAGAGCUAUGGGAUCUAGAGAAGAGGUUUGGUUCAAUCAUACUGGGGGCAUUUCGAUCUAAAUUAUCUGCAAGAAAGGAAAAAAGCGGAGGAAUGAGGGAUCCUCCAGCAAAUAAGAAGCGUCAGCGUGGUUCUUUUUCAUUUCUAGGUGGGAUGCAGACCCUAACUGACACGCUAUGUGGAGAGCUUGGCAAAGAUGAACUUAAAUUUCAAUCUAAGGUGCUGGGGUUAUCUUACCGCUGUGAUGAGAAUUCUCCGUUGACAAAUUGGUCAGUUUCUAUUUCCCCCGACCACAAGAAGCAUUCCCAAGAGAAAUCUUUUGAUGCUGUAAUAAUGACGGCUCCACUAUGUAAUGUUAAGGAAAUGAAGGUUACAAAAAGUGGAAGUCCAUUUCUGCUUGAUUUUCUUCCUGAGGUGAGUUAUUUGCCACUGUCAGUUAUUAUCACUACAUUUAAGAAGGAGAAUGUCAAGAGACCUCUUGAGGGUUUUGGAGUUCUUAUUCCUUCCAAGGAGCAACAAUAUGGUUUUAAAAGCCUUGGUACCCUCUUUUCUUCUGUGAUGUUUCCAGAUCGUGCACCCAGUGAUUUAUAUCUCUAUACUACCUUUGUUGGGGGAAGUCGAAAUAGAGAAUUGGCAAAAGCUUCAACGGAUGAGUUGAAGCGCGUAGUAACUUCUGACCUUAGACAGUUGUUGGGUGCUGAGGGAGAGCCGACAUUUGUGAAUCACUUCUACUGGAGUAAAGCAUUUCCUCUGUAUGGGCGGAAUUAUGACUCUGUUAUAAAAGCCAUUGAGAAGAUGGAAGAGAACCUUCCUGGAUUUUUCUAUGCCGGUAACCACAAGGGUGGACUGUCCGUUGGCAAGGCAAUAGCCUCUGGGUGCAGAGCAGCUGAUCUCGUGAUCUCAUAUAUAGAUUCAUCUCUCGUUGAAGACAAGAUCUGUCGUUGAAGACGUAGAAUAUGUAUCCUUAUGGUUGGCUCUCUGUAACAGUGCUACCUGUUUUGCCUUCCUCCUCGUUUAGUAGGGUUGAAAUUACAAAAUUUGUUAAUGAAUGCUACAUUCAUAUCUGGUUCUUCUGAGCUACUUUCUCCUUGUAGAGUAUAUUUUAUGUUUUAUUGAAAUUUGCAAUUCUACAUGCAUAAA